UAACUCUUGGUGAACCGCCAGCCAUCGCAGCACAGACUUCAGCAACUGUCACUUUUACAAAUCUUGAUGAAAACCCUAAAACACCCUCCACUGAAGCCCUAAGGCCACCUCCACUUCCUCCCAAAGCAAAUGAAAAAACACAAUACCAGAAGCCGGCUCUACCACCAAAACCACAACGCUCAAAACAAACACCCAGCGACGCAACAGAGAAUACCACCCCUUCUCCAAAAACACCUAGCCCGAUUAAAGGUAACCAGCAAAGCCCAGUCAUUCCCCCAAAAAUGAAACCAGGGAACCCAUCUCCCUCUCCUCUGCCUCAGAAACCUUCAUCAAAUAGACAACAAACCACAAAGGACUCACAACCCGAACUGGCCUCCAAUGAAACAGGCAAUAGGAAAGCAAAUCAAUACUCACCUCAGGCCAGUGCUACCAAUAACAUCCCAGCCGAGUACAAAAAGUCAGUUCAGCUUAAGCAAAAGAGGGAACAGAAAAACAUUGGAACAACAUUGGCAGUUGAUCAUCGUUUGGCCAUGUCAAAUGGCACUGAAAAUGAGAUGGACAGAAACGUAAUACAGAAAAUCAAUGCAGCAAAAGAGAUCCGAAUGUGCAUGCAGAGCUACACAGAAGAUGGUAAUGCACAACAGGAAAUAAACACAGACUUUCAGGUCGCAAUCCAAAACUUCAGGGGGAAGGAGAAGAAUGCUGUGGCCCCUGUGCUGCCAAAUAAGAUCAAAAUAAUUCGGGAAAAGGUCAGCCAAGAAAAACAGGUCACCAAAACCACCAACAUGCAACAGGAGAUAAACCCCUCUACUGUGCAGCAGGGGAGAACAGAUAUUCACAAUCAGGGCUGCAAUACAGAUCUCCAAGAACCCUACUCCCCAACUACGACAGAUAGACUUUCAGUGAGCCAACAUAACAGUGACAAGCUGCCAGGAGGAGCAUCCAUAACAGUGACGAGCUGCCAGGAGGAGCAUCACCAGAGACCUGAGGACAAAGUAGUUCUGAGGAAGAAGAAAGAAAAGAAAGAGACCGAGGACCAGCGACGUCAGAGGCUGUCUGUUCACAAAGAUGACAUUAUGAGAGGGAACGUGAAGGCAGCGAUGGAAAUAUUCGAGAAUCUGAGGAAACGAGAGGAACUCAAGACGAUCCUGUCUCAAGUUCAAGAGAUAGAAGGAGAGACCAGGGAAGUGGAUGUCAGUUCAUUAAAGAGCUUAUUCGAGAAUGUACCUGCUUGGAUAGUCAUGCCUUGUAAACAUACAAAGCAAAGUCACACAAAAGGGGAAAAGAAAGUUGAAAUAGAGUUAGUGAGCAAUGAUAUGGAAAGUGGAUCUUCGGUAGAGACUGUAUUCGGAGACCUAGAAAAGGCAAGCAAAGAUAUAAUGCAUUUGAAAGAGCAGACGUUAGCAAAACUUAUUGACAUAGAGGAGGCGAUCAGAAAGGCUUUGUAUUCUGUAUCCAAUUUAAAAUCUGAGGCUGAUAUCGCAGGUUUAUCAGGACUCUUUAACGAAUCCUUGCAGACCAAGCAAAGCCUUCAACCCACCAACAACAUAAGAAAAAUCAGUAUCGCAUCCACCAAGGCCACUAAGGCCAAAACAGAACAAGCAUGGGAGACAUCUGAGGGGAAAACGACAGGUGUAUCAGGAUCGUCAAAAAUAUCAGAGUCAGCCUCACUCUCUCCGAUACUUGACAAGCCCCAAAUCAAACAAUGCUCUACCUCCCCAUCCUCUCCAUCAUUCAUCUCCAUUCACUCUGCUGCCAGGAAGCCUGCAGAACAGCCAAAGUCAGCACAGCCACAGUUCUCAUCAUUCAAGCCUAAACCAGAGCGGUGUCCUUCCCCAAGCGCCCAUGGAGCCAAUGGUGACCUGGGUCAACGAUCUGCCUCUGAUUCCCCAAACCACUUCUACAGUCCUGCUAGUCCAAGACGAAAGGUCAGCAUACUGGAGGUGCAAACUGUCCCUGAGACUGUUCCUGCCGGAAUCAUUGGCACAAAGACUGUCAGUGAGAAAUACGAGGAGAUGGACUGCUUUGGCAACACAUUUGUCUCGUCAAAGACUUCGACGUUUGUCACGAAGCACUCUGAGAAGUUUGGAGUAGUCACCAGUCCAACCAGGUAUGAAGUCGUGACAUCCCCUAUCAUGCAAAGGUCCGGUCAUCCCUUUUCAGAAAAUGCUCAGUCCAACACCAAAGAGGGUGGUACGGUUUUUGUAACAUUUGGUCAACCAAAACCUGGAAAACUUUGAAAUGACACUUUUAAUGUUGCAUGGUUUCCAAAAUAAUUUCCUUGAUGUAUUAUUGUAACCCACAUGUAUCCAGUAUGACCCAUUUAGUUAAUUAUGUCAUAUAAAUAUUUCUUCUUAGCUGCAGAUGAUGUUAUCAUAAUUAUUAAAAGAUUUGUAAUAGACAGUAUUGGUGUUAAAUUGUGUCUCAUGGACUUUUUGAACUGUAACCAUAGUCAAAUGUUUAGUCCUUUUAUCAAAUAAUUGCAAUAUGUUUGAUAUAUUUUCUGUUGUGUAAAUUAUCAAUAAAUAUUGUAUUAAAUAA